AUGACAGACGACGAUCAAUCGCAGCCGUUGGGAACUGAUUACUCGCCGGAUAAUCGCCCUGAAUCCCCCAAGCGGCCAUUGAAGAUCGCCAAAUUAUCCGAGGAAGCAGAAGCGGGAGCAAAUCGAACAAUGGGGCAAAACCCUAGGACAAUUCAAAGGACCGUUGUCGGCGUUCUCCAGAACGCAUUUCACAAGUUCAUCGGUCAACCAGUUUCCAUUUUCUGCUCGAGUCGUACAGAUGCGGGAGUACAUGCUUUAUCAAAUGUUUGUCAUGUAGAUGUAGAACGAAUAAGCAAAAGAAAACCAAGUGAAGUGUUGCCACCUCAUGAACCUUCUGUGGUCAAGAAAGCUGUCAACCAUUUCUUACAGAAGCAUGAGGGUGAUAUAACAAUUAUUGAUGUUCGAUGUGUUGCUGCUGAUUUUCAUGCUAGAUAUAAAGCUCAAGAGCGAACUUACUUCUACCGGAUUCUAUCAGGUCCAGAACAUUUAUCAACUUUUGAGAAAGGUCGGGCAUGGCAUGUGCCUGAGGAACUAGAUCUGCCCGCAAUGCAGAAAGCUUGCAAAGUUCUUGUGGGACUUCAUGAUUUCAGUUCAUUUCGAGCUUCUGGUUGCCAGGCAAAAUCACCAAUCAGAAACUUAGAUGAACUUAAUGUUAUCGAGGUUUUCCCAUCUCCAUAUUUCCCAUCAGCAAAGGAAAGGGAAAUACAAAAUUCUGCAUGCUCUGAGUCAGAGGGGCAAUCUUGUAAUUUUAACAAAAAUAAAGUUGAAUGGUCUGUUGGUGAGGCGAGUCUAGGGUUUGGAAUGAGGAGAAGGCACCGAUGCUUUGUGGUUACUGCACGAGCGCGUUCUUUUCUUUACCAUCAGGUUAGGCUUCUUGUUGGUGCUAUAAAAUCUGUGGGUACUGGAGAUUUCACGGUGUCUGAUGUUGAACGGAUCUUGGAAGCAAAGACAGUAACGGCCAAUGGUCCAAUGGCUCCUGCUUGUGGUCUUUAUCUUGCUCAUGUCAAAUACGAUCUCCCAUGAUCUGUUUAUGACAGGUGGCAAAAGGUCUUGUUUGUUACACAUGACAGGUACUGUGUUUGGUCUGCAUUGGACUGAGACUGAUACUGAUACUGUCAGUAGGACAACAAGGACUCCCUCUCAAUCUAACAUCAAAUUCGUACACCAUAAGUAAUGUUAGAAAGGGGGUGUGAUGUUUUGACAUUAUUAAUAAUUUGUAAUUUGUAAUGGUAGCCAAGUGUAGCAUACCAAAAAGAAUGUUGUUUUGGUGUUUUUAUUUAAGUGAGGUUAGGGAAGCAGAGUUGAUAGAUUAUUCUUUUUUGUUCUUGGAUUGGUGGAAUUCACCCUGUUUGGGAGUUAUUUUGUUACUUUAUUUCCAAGUUAUUAGGAUUAAGCAAUAGUUCCAUAUUUUUUGGUUGUUAGAGAUUUAAUCAUCUUGUUAGGAUUCUAGAUUUUUGGCAUAUAAGUCCAGGUUUAGUUUAAUCAUUCUAAUCUCCAAUUGUAC